UUCGUGCCGGCCGUAUGAAUAAUUGUGUACGGAGUGAAUGAAUCGAUGCGGCGGCGGCGCGGGCGGCGCGGCGCGGCGGGGGCGGGGGCCGCGGGCUGCGUGGCGGGGUGCGCCGCGCCAGUCUCGUGCCGGUAGUCGGUAGUGCAACCGAGCGACUCCGGGAGCCGUCCCCGCCGCGCCGUCGCUCGCUCGUAGUCGUAGUGCGCCCGCCGGCGCCCGAGCCCAUGGAAACCCAAAACCAGGAUGUGGCACACAGCCCCGCCGAGGUGCCGAACGACCCGGGGAAGAUGUUCGUCGGAGGACUCAGCUGGCAGACUAGUCCAGAAAGCCUCCGAGACUACUUUAGCAAAUUCGGCGAAAUCACAGAAGUUAUGGUUAUGAAAGAUCCAACAACGAGGCGGUCGAGGGGCUUCGGCUUUAUCACAUUCGGCGACCCAGCUAGCGUAGACAAAGUAUUAGCGCAAGGAACACACGAAUUAGAUGGCAAAAAGAUUGAUCCCAAAGUGGCCUUUCCCAGAAGAGCACAUCCAAAGGUAAGUGGGGAGCCGGAAGAAGCUUUUCAAGAUCCAACGAUGGUGACCAGGACAAAGAAAAUCUUCGUAGGAGGGCUAUCAGCACCCACAACGCUGGAAGAUGUAAAGAAUUACUUCGAACAGUUUGGACCGAUCGAGGAUGCCAUGUUAAUGUUCGACAAACAAACCAAUAGGCACAGAGGUUUCGGAUUCGUCACGUUUCAAAGUGAAGACAUAGUAGAUAAAGUGUGCGAAAUUCAUUUUCACGAAAUCAACAACAAAAUGGUGGAAUGCAAAAAGGCACAACCCAAAGAAGUCAUGCUCCCAGCGAACUUGGCGAAGACGAGAGCCGCCGGCCGCGGCGCGUACGAUUUCAUGUGGUCAUUGGGUGCUCUUCCUGACGGUUUCCCCGCAGCGUACGCCGCCUACGCGGCAGGACGUAGCUAUUCGGGCUAUCCUAGCUUCGGGCUGCCAUACCCAGCAGUUGACCUGACCAACGGGCAACUCACACCGAACAACAACACACCGCUGCUCGCGCAGGCGCUCUCAGUGAUGAACAACUACCAGGCCGCAGCCGCCGGGUUUGGGCCACCGGCUUCGCCUCACGCCGCUGGAGGCCGCGCCGGGUUCCCGGCUGCAAGCUCACCGGGGCCAGCGCUCGAUGUGUACGGCUCGGCUGCCGAUAGUGUCGGCUACGUGCAAGCUGCUAGCCCGCAGCCGUCUGGAUUCCCCGCCAUCGCCGUCAGCCGCGCGCCCCUCAAUUACACCCCGGGUCCCUUGAUUCCUGCGGCUUUUACCAACGGUUAUCAUUGAAAGUGUUAUAGCACAAAUAUGUAACAAGGCGAGCGGUGUGGCGGCGCGUGGCGUCCGGGACGCGACGCGCAGCGGCCCGGCCGCCGCAGCUCGCCCCCUGCCGCCGCCCGCGCUAGCUGCGCCCGCGCCGGCCCGCGCCCACACGCACGUUGCUAGCGCGCGCGGCCUGCGGCGACGGUCGCCACUCCGUCCGGCUUCGCGCCGACCGUCCGUCGACCGCGGCGUCUCAAUCUCCACCCCCUACAUCCCUCCCCCCUUCCCGACCCCCCACCGAGGAGACCCUGUCUAUUGUAAAUAACGAUAAUCUAAACUUUUUGUCGUGUGAACGAGAGAUAGUCUAUUAAUUAAACAGGUAUUUUUUCAAAUUUUUCUCGCUUUCAACUGUACCGUAGAUGUGUUGUCAGAAUAAUAAACAAUUAAACUACAAAAAAAUACAUUUCAUAAUAUAUAAAAUCAUCUAGACAUUUAAUUGCAGGGAGGUAUAUCUUAAAUAUUUUAUUAUUCAUAGUUAAAUUUACAGUUAAGGUGUAAUUACAUGUCUGUCCCUCGACGCGCGCGGGACCUUUUUUUCGAUAGAUAAAAGAGAUCGGUUUUCCUUGGCAUCGACGGCUCGUUUGGUACUAGCACCGAACGCGUUAGGCAGAUUGGACGGGAGCUUGUAUGAUAUUUGACGACAUGUGCCGCGCCCGCGCGCGCGCAGCGUGCAUUGAGACGUGACCCCGGCUGCGACUACUCGCAGCGCGGCACCGAGCGGAGACAAUAACGCGCGCCGCGCCGCGUCCGCCGCGCGCCUCCUCGCUCGUCCACCAACACAUAUUUUAUUCUAUCUAUUUUUAAUAUUAAUGUCAAAUAUUAACAUAAUUAUUAUACUACUUAUAUAUUAUGCAUAUUUUACCUAUGAAUGUAAUUAUUUUCGCCUAAUUCGAAUUGUAUAAAAUCACCUCUUUGAACGGCUGUUCUGUUUCAGUAGCGAUCAAAUUUCUCGAUUACUUCCGUAUAAGACUAUGUUAGUUACGCGUAUACAUACUUUCUAAUAAUUAUGUAUUAUGAUAUAAAAUUUUAUCCUAAGGAUAAUAUGGUCAUAUUUAUGAUUCAUAAGGACGUUUGGAAAGCUAAGUCGGAACAUUUCAGAAUAUCUCUCAUCGCGUUAAGAUAACGUUUCUAUCUUGUACCUUUGAAUGUAGGUAUUGUAAUUAUAAUAAAUAACAAUUUUGUGCAUUACGUAAUAAAUAUUUCAUUGUUUCUUACGAUUGUAUUUACCGUAAUAUAAGACCACUGUUGAAAAAAAUAUAAGACUCCUCUUUAACACGGAGUCUCACCGUACUUAGUUGUAUUUAAAUUUUUAAUCAAAAUAAUAUUAAAAAAGCAGUAAAAUUUCGUACAGACAGUAUAGUUACACGUCGCAAACAUUUCAAUAAACUAAAGACAGGGAUAUUAAAAAUUACAGCCAAAGGCGCAGGUUCGAGGUAAUAGUAUAAAAUAUGAAGUCAAUUCAUUAAUCAUAUUCGUUAGGUACUGGGACAUUUUUAAUCGACCACUUUGUCUACUAUUAGUUUGCAGCAGUUAGAAACCGCGCGGCUAUGCGUGCGGCGGUUGCGUAGCGCGGCGGUGCUACGGCGCAGCACCCUGCUACAACUCCGCUACGCGCGUUCUGCGCUUCCGCUCGCCGCUCGCUACUCACAUGCACUCAGUUGCAUUCAUUCGUUAUUUACUAUUAUUAUUACUCAUUACCUACAUCAAUUAAACAUUAAUAUUAUAAAUCUAGGUAUUAAAUUUUAGGUAAUAAUAAUAAACAAUCUUUUAAAAUGCUAUUAUUAUAUAAAUACGUUAUAAAUAUAAAUGUUUCCUGUUACAAAAAAAAUAUUGAAAAUGAUACGAAAUAAAUCAAUAUUCUUUUUAAAGGUAAUUUAUUACUUAUGAGUAUGUAGUUAAUUGAAUAAUGGAGUGUUAGACGGAGUGCGCUCGUCGCCGGGCGGCGCGCUCGCUUCGCGUUUUUUGUUCGUUCGUGCCGAGAUCGUUCGCUGAGUUGACUUGAGGCGUGGUGGCCGGCGACGGCCCGCUGCGGCCGG